AAUACGAAAAAUUACUCGAAUAUGUGAGAGUUGGGGACGAGAAUAUUUGGCGUAAGGGCAAAAGCAGAGAUCGUUCGGAAAAUGGAGGAAAAGACUUCAGGCGAAAACGAGAAAGCUGCUCUUCUACUCCUGGAUCGUGCAUCUCGAGCAACAAGGGGCAAACGUCUCUCGAAGCUUCUCGACGACGAAGUCGAACAAGACGAAUUGUUCUGGGGCCAAGACGCUCUCAAAGAUGAAGAAGAAGACGAUAACUACCAAGAGGAAGCCGAAAUCGCCGACGAAUUCGACUCCGAUUUCGACCAAGACGAGCCUGAACCUGAUGAGGAACAACCUCAGGUUGAUGCCGAUGAUAGAAUGAAUAAGAAGAAGCGGUUGAUAGCUCCUGGGAAGACGUUGACGAAGAAAAAGAAAAAGAAGAAAAUCUUAUCUAAUUUGGAAAAUUCGAUAAAAAUUGGUGAUGAGGGAGAUGAUGAUAAUAACAAACCUAGUGUUUCUGGGGAACACCAUGAUGAUGCAAAGGAGAUUAUGGUUAGGAAGUCUACUAGAACUUCUGUCAUUGUGCGACAAGCUGAAAGAGAAGCCAUUCGUGCAGCUAUCCAAGCAACCAGCAAGCCAGUAAUAAAAAGGAAGAAAGAAGGUGAGGAGAAGAAAAUGUCACAAGAGGAAAUGCUUUUAGAAGCUGCUCAAACAGAAAUUAUGAACUUGCGGAAUUUGGAGCGAGUUUUAGCUAGAGAGGAAGAAGUUAAGAGAAGAGCAAUUGUGCAUAAAACUGUCUUUAAUGGUCCACAGAUACGCUACAUUUCACAAAAUGGUUGUAAUUAUCUGGAGUUUGCUAACGAGGCAUCAUUUCACUCGGAUAUUGCUACAACACCUCAAGAAUAUCCAGAACAACCUGUUUGUGUGAUUACUGGUUUGCCUGCCAAGUACCGUGAUCCAAAGACUGGGCUGCCAUAUGCUACAAAAGAAGCUUUUAAAAUAAUUCGACAACGCAUUGUGGAUGAAAGUGCCAACUCUAGAAAGGAAACUAAUAUGGGAGGCUUAUAUGAUUCAGUUUCUGGAUGUGGUUUUCCAACCAAGCGAAAGAGAUCAACAAUGCCCGAUAAAAAUAUACAUCCACAUGAUCGGUCCUUGGCUCGCUUUCGUAGAAUUCCUACUUUUGAGGAUGAAGAUUCUGACUGACGACUGUCUUAGUUUUUUUUUGUCUUACUCUUUUAGGUUUUAGAUUUUUUUUUUUUAAAAUUUUCAUCCCCGUGCAACGAUUAUGCAUGAUUUUAAUUUCAGCGCCAAACCAUGAAAGAAGUCAUGUUGUGCUACGUCUUGGCUCUUAAUUGGACCCGAGGUUGGGUUAGUAAUAGAAACCAUGUAUUUAAGGCCCGAUUUAGUGUUGGCAAAGCA